AUGGUCCGUGGAACAAAUAUUUUGAUGAGAGCAGCUGGUCGUCGAUUGUAUACUACUCGUCCACCAUCAUCAUCAUCAUCAUCCGUUUCACUAGCCAACCUUGAGACAAGAUGGACUACCAUGUCACCUGCUGAACGCUCGGCCGUCACCAAACAUCUCGAAGAAAUCCAAAUGGGAGACUGGAAAGCACUUUCUGCAGAACAAAAGAAGGCUACAUAUUUUGUUGCAUUUGGUGCUCAUGGUGCUCGAACACCCGUCACCCAAGAAGGCCAUGGCUUACGUGUUAUUGCAGGUGUGGGUCUUGUUCUUGCCGUAUCCUCGGGUCUCAUGUAUGCAACACGUGUUGGAGGUGCUGAGCAUCCACACACUAUGUCGGAAGAAUGGAGACAAAAGACCACCGAGUAUCUCAAGAGCCAAAACUCUAACCCGAUUACUGGUAUUUCCUCAGAAGGUUACAAGGGCAAAGGAUACUAG